AUGCUUACCCUGAUCGAGGGCGAGACCCGGGGCGGCGACCUGAUGUCUGAGGAGGACAUCCAGGGCGGCGACCUGAUGUCUGAGGAGGACAUCCAGGGCGGCGACCUGAUGUCUGAGGACACCCUGGGCAGCGACCUGAUGUCUGAGGACACCCAGGGCGGCACCCUGAUGUCUGAGGAGGACAUCCAGGGCGGCGACCUGAUGUCUGAGGACACCCUGGGCAGCGACCUGAUGUCUGAGGACACCCAGGGCGGCACCCUGAUGUCUGAGGAGGACAUCCAGGGCGGCGACCUGAUGUCUGAGGACACCCUGGGCAGCGACCUGACGUCUGAGGACACCCAGGGUGGCGACCUGAUGUCUGAGGACACCCAGGGCGGCGACCUGAUGUCUGAGGACACCCAGGGUGGCGACCUGAUGUCUGAGGACACCAGGGCGGCGACCUGA